AUGGAACUGACUGUUCGACUGUUUGCGCUCUACCGGGAGCGGGCCGGCACCAAGGAGUUCUCGCUGGAACUGCCCAGCGGCGCCACGGUGUCCGACCUGACCGACGCGGUGAGGGUGCGGUUUCCGCGGCUGGCGCCUCCGGAGGUCAAGAUCGUGGUAGCCGUUAACGCUGACUACGCCGAGUCCGACGAGGUGUUGAAACCCGGAGACGACGUUUGCCUCAUCCCGCCGGUGAGCGGCGGCUAG